AUGCAACGAGCUUCGUUUAUUACGGACAUCGAAGGCGAUAUGAAAUACUUUCAGCGGUUUAUAUCCCUAACAUCCUGUGUUCGUUGGGGUUUAAGAAAGGGGACUGCACGCACUAUGAUCUGCAGAAACCUUCAGUCUAGCAUAAGCCACUCAGCGGAGUUUAACAAAGCCAAUGAUCCCACUAUUUCCAUUGCGGCGUCUUCUGAAUCCUUGCGCUGUGGUUUUCCCUAUCAUACACCUGAGGAGCGUGUCCAGGGAGAACCACAAGUACACUUGGAUCACGCAGCUCACUUGCCAUUGGAUCUGCGGCAUGUCGAGUUGGAGUUUACGGAUGACAAAAGCCAUUUCGUUUAUGGCGGCGACGCGUUUGAUAAUGGCUUCGACAUCGGCUUUGCGCAGGCUUGCAUUGACUUCAAGCAGCGUUACCCAGACCGCGUGCAUCUGAUUCUUGGUAACCGUGACCUGAACAAGAUUGCCAUGGUGCCGCUGAUUUACGAGGUAGAGGGGAUGGCACCGGAGGAAGCCGAAAGGAUGGUGUUUCCGCUUGAGUGGACCCCUGGGGCAAACAUGUCAUCGACAGUUUCCUACGCUCAAUUCCUUUGUGAUCUCAGACUUCACUCUCCAGCACCGAUAAAACAGCCAACCGUAGCAAAUGGAACUCCAAAUGAAGAGUCCACGGCUCCUUCGACCGUUAAUUCGAAGCCCUUCUCUCAAGGAAAACAAGGUACACCGCAACAAAAAAGGGAUCGGACUCAUCACAAGGCAGACCGUAUAUCAUUUUUGAAGUGGGCCUUGAUUUAUAAGAUGGGAAGUCCGAAUACUUUCGAGCAUCGCCGCUGGGAGUUGGCUGCCCUUAAAGAACAUGAAGCCAGAGAAAGAGACGAGGGUCCUGUCGGGCAAUCAUUGAGGACGCCGCAAUCAAUGGAAGUCGGAAAUACUGUCGACAUCAACUUUGGCAAGGGAGAAGUCACGAUAACUGACGAGGAAGUCGCCGAAAGUUUCUUCAGGGCAGCGCGACAGGGUGGUGUGUAUUAUGAAUAUAUACGGCUUGGAGUACUGGCCACGGUUUUGUUCGACAGCGUCCUUUUUGUGCAUGGCGGUAUAAAUGGUAAUAAUGUCGGAUUUGUUCCAGACAUUCGUGCCAACACAACCGAAGCUCAACAAAGGCAGGGGCGUAAUUUUAUCGAUGAGGGCCGUGAUGCCAUUGAGUGGCUCAGUGCACUUAAUGCGUUUAAGGACGCUUGCUUUGAAGAGUGGAGUAACAAUCGUGGUCUCAGAGGGGAGGCAGCCCGUCUGUAUGUAUUCCCACGGCAGUACAUACCCUUCUCAGUAACUGUGGGUUCUAUCAUGCAGACGAACGGGCCUCAGUACAUUGACCUGAAGGCAGCCCAUUACCUGCUGUCAAGUGGUAUAGAGGUUGUUUGUACUGGCCAUCAGCCAACAGGAGAUACGCCGGCCUUGGUUCGACAACCCGGCGGUCUUCUAGUCGUAAGUGCAGAUAACUCUUACUGUGGGCGCGAUAACAAUUAUUGUACUCCACAUAAUCGGCGUGGUCGUGCAGUGGUAGAGGUUUUAAUCGAAUCAAAAGACUGUGUUAAUGAGGAAAACAUUCCUAAUGGUGACAAGUCUUCUGAAAGGCUAACGGUGCGGUUGCACGGCAAACGUGCAGAUGGCGCGCCGUUUGAUUUCGUAGCUAACAGCCAAGAAGAAGAUCUGCUUGGGCGCGCAUUGGGCGAUGAUUGGUGGGUAAAAGUACCGCUGAAUGAGCAAUGUGAACCGCGGCUGCACGGGAGUAUCGAAAAGAAAGAGAAAAGCAAUGCUAACGGUGACUCGGACAGGAGCACUGCCUCGUUUCAAGCAUUGUUCUAUGAGUUGCAUCGAACUAAAGAUGCUUUCCGUACGGAGGAAACAUGCGUUGUAAGCCGAGAAGAGGCUGAGCGAAUGUUAAAAAAGUACCAUUCUGGGGAGUUUAUUCCACAGCCUGGGAAUUUGGAAUCCAUGUAUACAACUGAGGAUCUUGCUGAUCGUUAUACAUCUCGUAUGAAGACAAAAGUUAGACGAUUCAACACAGUCAUUAAUGAUUAA